AUGAACUUUUUAGUCAGAAAUCGGAGUAGUAUACUACUUCGCACUUUUUCUACUUCAGUUGUAAGACAGUGUGCUGUUCCACCCAAAAAGUCUAGUAAGCAGUUCGCGCCCAUCACCUGGAAAUCAGUGGCACUAACUGCAGUGGUAGGUGGUGGACUUACAGGCUUUAUGUUAUAUGUACGGAAAGAAAAGCAGGAUGCACUAGAAAGAGAAAGAAAAAGACAACUAGGAAAAGCAAAGAUAGGUGGCGGAUUUGAAUUAGUUGAUCCCCAGGGCAACCUAGUUAAGAGUACAGACUUUUUGGGGAAGUGGCUUCUCAUUUACUUCGGCUUCACACAUUGUCCAGAUAUUUGCCCAGAUGAACUAGAAAAACUAGCAGAAGUUGUUAACUUACAUGAAAGUUCUCCCUCAGCACCACCUCUGCAACCAUUAUUUAUUUCUGUAGAUCCUCAAAGAGAUACUCCGGAAAUUGUUGGAAAGUACUGUAAAGAAUUUUCUCCACGGUUACUGGGUCUAACAGGAACUAAGGAACAGGUUCAGAAUGCUUGCAGAUCAUAUAGAGUAUAUUUUAGUGCAGGGCCACAAGAUGUUGACAAUGACUAUAUUGUGGACCAUACAAUAAUUAUUUAUUUAGUGAAUCCUGAUGGUGAAUUUGUUGAUUAUUAUGGUCAAAAUAGGAAUGCAAAAGAGAUUCACAAUUCAAUGCUGGUUAACAUUCAGAAGUAUGCUGCUACACAAAAAAGCUCAUGGUUUUAG